AAAUAACAUGAGGACUUAUUAAAUUGAUUUGAACUAAUAAAGAAUGUAAAUGACAACGUAAUGGAGGACAUUUAUCAUCUCCUCCAUUCCGUCACACUCUCCAUCCUUCUUCCACUCUCUAUCCUUCUAAUCUUCUCUACCAAACAUAGCCUAAAAUAAAAAAGAGUGUAAUGACAAAAGGAGUGACUGCUUCCAAGUUCCAAAUACAUAGAAUACAACGACUACACACACAUUCAAAAGCAAAAGUAGAUCUUUCAUUUUUGAAAUGCAUACCAACCUAACGGUACAAACUCACUCCCACUCCACUCCCAAACUCUCUGCACUUCGCAUUAAUGAGCCGACCAUUCUCAUCAUCCAAGCUCCCAACGAAACCUUCUCCUUCACCGGCAUCGUCAUCGUCCGCGGCGACGACCAAGACUCAUCGGAGGAAGAAAAAGAAUGAGCAGAAGCAGAGUAUUCGGAAUCCGUUGCAGAAUCUCAAUGCCGCCAUCUUCAACACCACUGUUGAGCCAUCUUCUUCUAUCUCCAUCGAUGCUCCCCGAGGCUGUCUCAAGUUUUUCCUAUCUCAUUCUUCUGCUGCUUCGUCAAAAAUGCCUGUUCGUGGCCCCUUAAGUCAUUCUGGAACCCACAAAUCGGCCCCCUUGUUGCCCACUUCCAAACCCUCCAAGUCCAAGGAGAACCAAAGUAAAUGUAAUAUUUUUCUGAAAAAUUCGGAGAAACCCCAAAACCCCAUUUCCACAAAAGUUCGGAAGAAUAACUCCUCUUGUCUCUACCAAUGGCAGUCUACGAAGAAACCUAGAUCCACAGCAGGGCAACAACCCAGAACUUGCUCAAUUUCGAACUCAAGUGGAGUUUCUGCCAAUGAAGUGGAGUCUGGGUCAGUUGUAAAGGGCCUGGUUGAACUUGAACCAUGUCCUAACGAUGAAACUUUGACGCCAUUGAAUAAGGUAGCAUCUGGGUCUCGUUCAGAUUGUAGAGUUGAGAUGUCUACGGAAGUGAAUUCUAGUAAAGAAAAAAGCAAAACUCCUCCUAUUCAGGCCUCUGUGUCUCCCGAAAUACAAUGUGGCUCGUCGUCUGUGGUUUCAACAAAUACACCAGCUUGUUAUGGAGCUGGUCAUGUUGUUUCUGGGAUCACAGAUAAGAGAAAGUGCCGGCCUAGAGGGCUUCUCGCUGUUGGAGAGAACGAUUCAGGCUUUGGUAAAGGUAAAGCUUUAGGUAGUUUUGAUUAUGAUGAUGAUGAAGAAGAAAAUGUCCAGAGGGUUUGUACAGACUCUGAUGCUCCUUUGAUCCCUUUGCCUUCUGAAGCUUCAAUGCAUUGGCUCUUAUCACCAUGUAGUGAGGAGGAUAAGAGCAAGAAGGAUAUAGGUUCUUGUCGAUCUAAAAGUCCUUCAGGGUCUAUUAGUCUCCAUUCUCCAUUUUUGCCCUCAAGUAGUCAGGAGUUAUAUCAAGAUGUUUAUAAUACAGCAUUUGUUCAUCAUAGCAGGAAGAAUAUUUCUACAAACUCUCCUGGUGGAAUAGCUGAGUUUCGAGAAUUACUGGAGCCCUUGAAUCAUCAUUCUCCACUUACCACGCAUGAUUAUGCGAAUUCCACCUUGAAUGAAGAAAGAAAAUGCCCAUAUUAUUUUGAUGGCGAAAAUUCUCCAUUCUCUAUGGAUUCACUAGGAAGUGGAAAUGUUAUACUUACCCCGAGAUCGGAUUCGAACUCGGACAGAUUUUCCGACUUAAUUCAAUUAAGCACGGAUGGUCAUAUGAAAAGUAAAUUUGAUUAUGAACUCAAUUCUGUGGUUGAGUCUCUUCGGAAGACAAGCUUGUCUCCCAACAACACUGAACCAAAUAGGGACAGCAUUGAUUUCAGUUUUCAGUUUGAUUCUGUUAGUACAUCUUGCAGCUCUGUUUAUUUUAAUCAGUUCAGGCAAAUACUUGAUGAUCAGGCCUCUUGGAACUCAUGUUCUACACUGGAGAAUGUUUCACAAUCCCAGAUGAGGAUAUCAUGGAGAGAUGGAUUAAUGAGCCAGAUACAUGAGAUGGAUGAAUUUGAUUGCUGCAGAUGUCUUUCAGAUGAAGAAGAAGAUGUCAAUGGUUGCAGUCAGGACCAAUUAUUAUCUGGCGGAUGUUUGGAUAUCAAUGCAAAUAUGAUGGACAAUCAAAGUUCAAAUAAAUCUGAUUGUUGGUCUGCUGAAAUUUUGGAUACUGAACAAAGAAUAGAUGAAAAAGGGCAAGACUACUUCAAUUCUAAAACUCCUCUGUUAUCAUAUUCGUGUGCUGAAUCCAUAAGCACUGAUGGAGGGGGUUUGCUUGCUUCGGCAGAUUCAGAAUGGGAUUUUUGCUACAAGAAUGACCUGUUCCAAUAUUCCAAGACUUUGUAAAUGAUGCCACUAAGCAUUGUGUAAUAGUCAAAAACUACAGAUAAGUGUUCUAUCUGUCUAAAGAACGAAGCUGGGGAAAAACAACAGUACUGUAAGAACUCUGGUUGUAGAAGCUCUUCUUCUAGAAGCAAUUGUGUUACUUAACAUAA